UGCUUUCUACCGAGUGACUCAGAGUUUAAGUGAAUAAAGUUUGUUUUUCAACCCUUCACAAUGAAGAAAAAAUUGUGCGAAUCACUUCACGGCACGGAUGUGGAUGCAAGGAGGCAAGCAUUAUGGACCCACUGGCCCAAAUUUGAGUUUUUCAAAUCUUCCGGUUCAAAUUUGCAAAACGUACACAUGAACAUACCAGAGAUACAAAGAGAAAUAGCAAAUACUGAGUAUGAAGAAGAGGAUCGGGAUCUGUUCGAUAUCAUCCCAUACAUAUCGUACAUUGCAGUGAUCGUUCCCUCCAGUAUAGAAGAUAACAACAUUGCUAACACAUCGAACCGAAUUGCACAAGUGGAGGAAAAAGAUGUGCACAAAACCCGGCAGGAUCUAAUGAAAAAGGGCUCAGAAAGAAGCAAAAAGAAUUCAAGAGGAAGACAAAUUGAGAUGCAAAAGAACAAAAACUUCAAAUGAAAGAACGGAUAAGUCUCUGGAAGAGGUUUUGCUUGCAUUAGCGAAAGAAGAUGUGCCAGAAAUGCCAUUCUUGAAAAGUUAUGGACCAUCUUCAAUAAAUAUGAAUAUAGAAGAACAAGCUAGAGUCAAGUUGACUGUAGCUAAGGUAUUAUUUUCAGCGUUUAGCGUUUGUUUGUUUUUUUUUAUAUAGAUUAAUACAUUCAUUCAUUAACGUUUGCAUUAAAAAAAUGGACAAAAAUUGCCGAUCUUUCAUGAGUUUACCUUCACACGUACUGACGAAACUACUCAACAUCAAUCAUAGUAACCCAUAAGUCAGCACAAAAAAAAUUGACAGCUCUAUCAGUCGAACACUAACCGUGAUGGUGGUGAACAGUGAAGCUACUCCGUCAGAAGUGUGCGCAUUCAAAGAACGGUACCCCGCCGCGUCGGAAACGGACAUCGUGCGGCACUUUGUGGACGCCGGAUACACCCGUUCCGGCAUCUACAACAUCUUGAAAAAUGGCCCGGUUCCGGACGGCCGACGACGACGACGCGAAGAAGCGAG